UCUUGAACGGGAACCGCAAUGGUUCGUUUGACGAGCGCCAGGGGAUCCAGAACUCUUCCUCUUCGGGAUGUGCUCAAACAGAGCACUCCGACAUCGCGUCGGCUGCAUAAAUCGCCCUAUCAACGCUUUCGGCGUUCCCAGUACCCUGCCAGUCAAACCCUUGAUAUGAAUAGAGGGGGCGACGGCCCGGUGUGCGAGGACUCCGACGAUGACAUCGGCUGGGAUGACGAUACUACCCUGCUUGCACUCUUGGACGAUCCAAACGACUCAGAUCACGAUGACAACGCCUCCGUCAUGGAACGCUUGCGAUCCGUCUUUGCCUCGCGCCGUACUCAAGAAAAGGAAUACAUUAAACAAGUCAUAUUGCCAGCCAUACAAGAUGUGAAACACCUCUACGAAGUCAUCGACCAAGAUAUCAGUAUUCGAUUCCUCGAAGGUGUUUCCAUAUUCGAUAACAAAGCAAGACACGCUGAGGAGGUCGGUCGACGUGAACAGCAACAAACUCUGUGCGCAUAUAACGACACAAAGAAAGCACUUCGAGAACUUUUUGCCGAAUUGGAGGACCUGAAUAUUGAAAAAGAUGCGCUGUUUCGAUCCUUCAAGGAGACACUCGGGGGCCUGGUGCAGCAGUUGCAGCAACUCGCGUCUGAACUACCAAGUGGCCUCGAGGACCUUAUCUCCACGCUUGAAAAGAAUGCUGUACAUCUUGGCGCCGAGGAUCAUGCCAAGGCGAAGGAGAGGUUGCUUCGAGGCAUACUGGAAAAGUACUAAUUACUGCGAAAACGGCCAGGUUUUCGACAGAGAAAGUCAUAUGUAUGUAUAGAAGUGGAAUGGUCCAUGUAAUCGUACGAAUUCUAAGCCGACACCUCGUCCACGCCUUAUGGCGUUUGAUGGCAAGGAU